CUCUCAUCCCUCCAAUUCCAAAUCCUGAUUCUCUCCAAAUCCCGAUUCUCUCUCAUUUCUUCAUCUUUUCUUUUAUCUUUCUCUCAUCACAUUCGGAUUCGGGUCGGAUCCUACAUUUCUUGAACCAUCACCGGAAUCCUCCACCACCGAGAGAAAUGACAGGAUCACUCCUCGCAAGAUUCCUCCUCCGUCGAUCACCACCGCCGCAGAGCCAAUUCAUCUUUCAACGUGGCAUUUCUCAGUCCGCAGCAGAAAGAACCAAAGACAACGUCGCCGCCGAACCACCGGUGCUUCCACCGUUCGAUUACGUUCCGCCAUCGUAUUCCGGUCCUUCCGGCGACCACGUUCUCGCGAAGCGUAGGGAAUAUCUCAGUCCGUCGAUCAUGCAUUUCUACAAAUCUCCGCUGAACAUCGUGGAAGGGAAGAAGCAGUAUCUGUUCGAUGAAAAUGGGAGAAGGUACGUUGAUGCGUUCGGAGGGAUUGCUACGGUGUGUUGCGGGCACUGUCACCCUGAUGUGGUUUCAGCGAUCGUUGAUCAAACGAAAAAAUUACAGCACUCAACGGUGUUGUAUCUGAAUCAUGCUGUUGCUGAUUUUGCGGAAGCUUUGGCUGGUAAACUCCCCGGUGAUCUUAAGGUGGCGUUUUUUACAAACUCAGGAACAGAAGCAAACGAAUUGGCAAUGAUGAUAGCAAGGUUGUACACUGGAUGCCAUGACAUAAUCUCUAUUAGAAAUUCUUACCAUGGGAAUGCAGGUGGCACGAUGGGGGCCACAGCUCAAAGUAUCUGGAAAUUUAAUGUUGUGCAGAGUGGUGUUCAUCAUGCAGUAAAUCCAGACCCUUACAGAGGUCUUUUUGGCUCUGAUGGAGCGAAGUAUGCAAGAGAUGUCCAAGAGAUCAUUAACUUUGGAACCUCCGGAAAUGUUGCUGCAUUCAUAUCUGAAGCUAUACAGGGAGUUGGUGGCAUUGUUGAAUUGGCGCCUGGUUACUUGCCUGCUGCCUAUGAUAGUGUUAAAAAAGCUGGAGGUCUUUGUAUUGCUGAUGAGGUUCAGUCUGGAUUUGCUCGCACUGGUAGCCAUUUCUGGGGAUUUGAAUCCCAUGGUGUUCAACCUGACAUAGUAACAAUGGCAAAGGGAAUUGGAAAUGGCAUUCCUCUUGGUGCUGUUGUAACUACUCCUGAGAUUGCAAAGGUCUUGACUCAAAGCAGUUACUUUAACACUUUUGGUGGAAAUCCUGUUUGUACAGCUGCAGGAUUGGCCGUUUUAAAAGUAAUAGAGAAGGAAAAGCUUCAAGAAAAUGCGUUUAUAGUUGGGUCUCAUUUGAAAGAGAGGCUUAAUGUGCUCAAAGACAAAUAUGAAUUAAUUGGUGACGUGAGAGGAAAAGGAUUGAUGCUUGGAGUUGAACUUGUCACUGACCGCGAACUAAAAACACCAGCAAAAGUUGAAACACUGCAUGUGAUGGACCAAAUGAAAGAAUUAGGAGUGCUGAUUGGAAAAGGUGGUUACUAUGGAAAUGUAUUCAGAAUUACACCCCCUUUAUGUUUCAGCAAAGAAGAUGCAGAUUUCGUAGUGGAUGCCAUGGACUACACAUUAUCUAGAAUGUGAACUGAAGCUUAAUGCCUUAAAUAAGAUGCAAAUGUAAAUUAUCAAUUAUGUUUCAUGAUGUUAAGUUAAACUCUUAGAUUAAUCUAUCUUGACUCUAGCAAGUAAAAUUUAUAAAUUUUACAUGCAGGUUUUAGACCUUUAUGUAGUUGCCAACUGCCAUUGUGGAAAACGAUGAGCCAACAACUCGUUGUCUCUCGGUUAUCUUAUCUCA